AACAUGUAGAACACAAUAUUCAAAGGAAAAAAAAAGAGAGAAAAACAAAAGAAACACAAUGGCUGAUAAAAGUAUGCUUCCUCCAAUUAAGCCUCCAACCCCUGGUGGUGGUGGCGUCAAGAAGUACACACCGCCAGAAUCUCUCAACAUGAAGACUGGACCCCAGGACACACCGACGAUCGACGGCAAGGCGGUGACGGGAAAGCCAGUUUCGAGGGAUCCAAUAGUGAAGAAAUGAGAGGAAGAUCGAAUACAGUGAAGUUCUAAUU